GUGAAUGAACUUUGAACGUUCAGCUAAAAACAAAUGUUGUAAAUCACGUUAUAAUUUUUUGCCUCGAAUCUGAAUCAACAAGAAUGUGGAGAACAAGAUUGUGUACUUUUAAGAAUGGAAUAAGCAAUGCGAUUCCCAGUUUGCGGGCGCUAUCCUCUUCAACAGAACAUUUCCCUAAAAUUACAACACAUUACACUAUACAUCCCAGAGAGACAGAUCCUAGAUGGAAAGAUGUAGAGAUGGAGAGGUUUUCAGAUGAAUCUGAUGUAGUAAUAGUUGGCGGUGGGCCCGCUGGGCUUUCCGCUGCUAUACGACUCAAACAGUUGGCCAACGAAAGUGGCAAAGAGAUUAAAGUUUGCUUAGUGGAAAAGGCUUCAGAAAUAGGUGGACAUACACUAUCAGGAGCCUGUUUGGAACCACAUGCACUUAAUGAACUUAUACCAGACUGGAAAGAGAGAGGGGCUCCUCUACAUACACCUGUAACAAAGGAUAAGUUUUUAGUAUUAACAGAAAAACACAGCAUUCCUAUUCCAAUAUUUAAAGGUCUUCCUAUGUACAAUCAUGGUAACUACAUUGUUAGACUUGGUAACUUUGUGAGAUGGCUGGGUGAGCAAGCUGAAGAGCUUGGUGUUGAGAUAUACCCUGGAUAUGCAGCUAGUGAAGUACUAUACCAUGAUGAUGGAAGUGUUAAAGGUAUUGCUACUAAUGAUGUUGGUAUUCACAAAGAUGGUUCACCAAAGGAUACCUUUGAACGUGGUAUGGAACUACAUGCUAAGGUGACUCUGUUUGCUGAGGGUUGCCAUGGCCACCUUGCCAAGGGUCUCUAUAAGAAAUUUAACUUGCGAGAGAACUGUGAUCCACAGACUUAUGCUAUUGGCUUAAAAGAGUUAUGGGAAAUUGAUCCUGACAAGCAUCAGCCUGGUCUUGUAGAACAUACAGUAGGGUGGCCAUUGGAUUACAAGAGCUAUGGAGGAUCAUUUAUCUACCAUCUUGAUAGAGAAAAAGAAGGAGCACCUCUCAUCUCAGUUGGAUUUGUUCUUGGUCUUGAUUACUCAAAUCCAUACAUUAGUCCAUUCAAGGAGUUUCAGCGAUACAAGACUCACCCAGCUGUACGACCUACUUUUGAAGGUGGUCGUAGGAUAGCGUAUGGUGCUAGAGCUUUGAAUGAAGGAGGUUACCAGUGUGUUCCCAAGCUAGCAUUCCCUGGUGGUGCUUUGAUUGGCUGUAGCCCUGGUUUUAUGAAUGUCCCAAAGAUUAAAGGAACUCACAAUGCUAUGAAGAGUGCUAUGGUUGCCGCUGAGAGUGUCUUUGAAUAUUUGGCAGAUGAAAAUAAACAGUCUGAUACCAAAGGUCUUUAUGUAGAAUCUUAUGAACCAAAUUUAAAGGAAAGCUGGGUUUGGAAGGAACUGAAGAGUGUACGUAAUGUCCGUCCAUCCUUUCAUUCACCGUUGGGUCUCUAUGGUACUCUUGCCUACUCUGCAUUAUUUUAUGUCCUUCUACGAGGGAAAGAGCCAUGGACAUUCCGCACUCCUAAGCCUGAUGCAGCUUGUCUAACACCAGCUAAGGACAACAAGCCUAUUGAGUAUCCUAAACCUGAUGGAGAAGUGUCGUUUGACUUACUGUCGUCAGUUGCUCUUACUGGUACAAACCAUGAAGGAGACCAACCGCCACAUCUUACCCUCAAGGAUGAUACAAUACCAGUUAAACAGAAUCUAGGGAUAUAUGAUGGUCCUGAACAGAGAUUCUGUCCUGCAGGUGUUUACGAGUAUGUUUCAUUAGAAAACCAAGAGGGCAUGAGACUACAAAUCAACGCACAGAACUGUAUUCAUUGCAAGACAUGUGAUAUCAAAGACCCCAGCCAGAAUAUUAAUUGGGUAGUUCCUGAGGGAGGAGAGGGUCCGGCAUAUAAUGGCAUGUGAUCAUUCUUCAAGUGUUUCAGAGUAAAGUUUAAAAUGUUCUCACUGCUAAUGUAAUUUGUAUAUUUUUAUGCACAUGUUGUUGUGAAUCAUGUUAUGUAGUAAUAGUCAGAGAGAUAUUUAGAGUCAGUGUGCACAUACACUUACUGGUAUAAUGCUAUCUCUGGUUCUUAAACCAUGUUAUCCUGUGAGUGAGGUGUAUCGCAAUAGUGUUCAACAGAUUAAAAUGCAAAGACAAUAUUACAUUUUCUCAAGCAAAGCAUGAUGUCAAACAUUGUCCUUAACCUUUUGUAAAAUAUACUCCACAAAAUCUGUUUUGUUUCCUAGUUUUUGUAAAGAAAAUUUGGGGUAUAAUUCAAUAAAAGGACUAAAUCUCCCAUGCUUAGAAAAAUGGUGUCACUGAACAUUGCUCUUUGAGUUGAACAAGAUUUCAAGCUAUAAAUCAUGUCAAUACUUUACUCCACCAAAGUAGAUGAAAUUAGCUUAGAACAGUGAUUGGCCUUCACGUAAUGAAACAGAAAGAGGAAAAGAGAACAAAGGAAAUAAGGAAACAUAAAGUGAAAAAAUGCAUAAAAAUUUGCAGUUACAUUGAGAAUUAUUUUUGGAAUCCAUUGAAGAAUUCCUUUAUUAAAAUCUCAAAUAUUGUAACUAUAUUUAAUAGGAACAUGAAGGGGAAACUAGCAUUAUGUUGUUCCUUUUGAUAUUAUUGUACCUUAUUUCAAAGAACAAAUAAAAUGUACAUAAAUCUAAACUGUUAUUUUCACAUAUCUAAUGCGCUUAGUUGUGAGUCAGCAUCAGUUAAUAUAUUAUUCAGCUCUA